UAAAAGCUCGUACCAAAUUUAAUUAGAUUUAACAAACACAAAACAAGUAUAAUUGCACAAACAUUUUUCAGUUUCAUUCUUGGGCAACUGACAUUGAGUCUUCAAGCUGCAAUCUUGGAAAUUAAUCAGAAAAUUCAGAAUAAAUGACCCGGCUUCUGAGACAAUGUUCACGUGGAGGGUUUAGGGGUUUCGCCGCGCAGAGCGGAAAGGGGCAAAAUCUGAAGAUUGGAGGGGUUAAGGACAUUAUAGCUGUUGCUUCCGGCAAAGGCGGCGUCGGCAAGUCCACCACUGCCGUUAAUUUGGCUGUUUCGCUUGCAAAUAAGUGGCAGCUAAAGGUUGGGCUACUGGAUGCUGAUGUUUACGGGCCGUCGAUUCCGAUGAUGAUGAAGCUCCAUGGGAAGCCUGAAGUGAGUGCAGAUAAGAAAAUGAUCCCAAUCGAAAACUAUGGUGUUAGAUGCAUGUCGAUGGGGUCCCUGGUCGCAGAAGGGGACGCGCUAGUCUGGAGAGGUCCUAUGGUCAUGAAAGCACUUGAACAGAUGACGAGAGGAGUUGAUUGGGGAACUCUAGAUGUUCUUGUGGUGGACAUGCCACCUGGCACCGGUGAUGCUCAGAUUUCCAUCUCGCAGAGAUUGCAAUUGUCAGGAGCCGUAAUUGUGUCAACUCCUCAAGAUGUUGCCUUAAUGGAUGCUCGAAGAGGUGUUAAAAUGUUCUCCCAAGUGAACGUGCCAAUUUUAGGUAUCGUGGAGAACAUGAGCUAUUUUAAAUGUCCGAGCUGUGAUGAGGCUCAUUACAUUUUCGGAAAGGGUGGAGCUCAAAAGACAGCCGAUGAAAUGGGCAUGAGGUUUCUUGGUGAGUUGCCACUGGAGACGGGAAUACGAAGUGGCUCUGAUGAAGGAGUGCCUGUAGUGAUAUCCAAUCCCGAAUCUUGUGUGUCCCGGGCCUAUGGUGAUAUUGCCCAAAAGAUAGUCAGCACACUCGAGCUACUCAACCAGCCACACUCGCGUCCCGAAAUAAAUCUUUAAGCAUGGGGCGUUUCCAGCUACGUCUUCAAGUUUUUCUAGAUGGUGGCACCAACACUUGCUAUCACAUUGGCACCCAAGCUCCUAAACACCUUAAGGCACGUGAGUAGAUUCGCUUUGACGUCUCUUUUCACUUCAUGAACGAAUGGAGUUUGUUCUUUUGGCGUUCUGCUCAAAGCAUCGAACAUCUUAUGCAACUCGUAUAAACAGCAGCCACAUUGUAUGUGUAACGAGGGAUGUUGUGUUCGUGUCUCUCCUUCGAUAGGUUGUUUUUUGUCGAAAGAUUGAUGAGAUUGUUGGAAUAUUUACUUAUAUGUUUAAUUCCUGAAAAAAAAUUCCAUUUUUUCAUCCCUA